AAGGCUGCCUGUCAUUUGGAAACAGUGCCAAACAGGGCUGGGAUAGUCACUUGGCUUGAAUGAGAAACUAAGUUGAGAUUUUAUCAAGAAUGGCAACUUAAAUGAGGCAGGGCCGGACUUUAAAAAAGAACAGUUGAUUGAUAAACCAUUAUUCGCUCAACCCCACUAGGAAGGUCCCUUGUAAGGCAUUGAAAUAGUAUUUUUGUCCAUGGGAAAGGGGUAGGAAUUUAAGGUGCAACAGGCAUGGCUAGGGUUCUGUGCAACCUCCCAAAAGCUUUGGAUUUGAUAUCCCGCUUUAUCACUACCCGAAGGAGUCUCAAAGCGGCUAACAAUCUCCUUUCCCCUCCUCCCCCACAACAGACACCCUGUGAGGUGGGUGGGGCUGAGAGACUUCAGAGAAGUGUGACUAGCCCAAGGCAUAGCUGCCAAGUUAUCCCUUUUUUACAGGGAUUUUCCCUUAUGCUGAAUAGGCUUCCUCGCGAGAAAAGCGAAAACUUGGCAGCUAUGGCCCAAGGUCACCCAGCAGCUGCAUGUGGAGGAGCGGAGACGCAAACCCGGUUCCCCAGAUUACGAGUCUACCGCUCUUAACCACUACACCACACUGGCUCUCUUUGUUAAACACACACACACACAGGAGGCACUGUGCUUUUUAAUCAAUUAAAAUAUAUCUGAAGCGAUCCAGAACAUGUCAAGCUGCACUCACACCCACACAAAUAUUCUGUCUGCUAUGCAACGGUUAAAAGAAUAGGAUAAUAAUUAAUAAAAAUAAUAAUUUAUUAUUUAUACCCUACCAAUUUGGCUAGGUCUUCCCAAGCACUCUGAAUGGCUCCCAACAGAAAUAAUAAUAAUAAUAAUAAUAAUAAUAAUAAUAAUAAUAAUAAUAAUAAUAAUGCGAUAAAACAUCAAACAUUAAAAACUUCCCUAAACAAGGCUGCCUUCAGAUGUCUUCUACAAGUCAGAUAGUUGUUUAUUUUCUUGACAUCUGAUGGGAGGGAGUUCCACAGGGCGGGAGCCACUACCGAGAAGGCCCUCUGCCUAGUUUCCUGAAACUUCACUUCUUGCAGUGAGGGAACUGCCAGAAGGCCCUCAGCGCUAGACGUCAGUGUGCGGGCUGAAUGAUAGGAGCCACUCCAUGGGGAUGGGAGGAGAAUGAAGUCAGGAGGACAAAAGGGGCAGCAACUGGGGGAAGAGGAAGCACCAGCAGCAGGAAAGAGAGGACAAAGUUAGAUAUAAGUAGAUCUAGAAGAUAGUGAGACAGCAAAUUUGCAAAAUAAAUAGGAGUCAGCCACAAGGGCAGCCUUAGGUCAAUGGUGUACCUGAUCUCUCUCUAAAUAAUUAAUAAUCCCUCUCUUAAAAAAAAAAAACACUACCAAAAUGGUCGGCUUUGGUUAUACCUGAGGACAGAGUCUCUAGUAAAUCUAUAAAUGUUUCUCAUGCUGAAGUACGCAAGACAGCCAACACCUUUGAAACCAACUUUACAUCCUGCCUCUGCCCCCACCAUUUCUUUGUUUUAGUGGACUUUAACUGAAUAGUGAUCCUCGAGAAGUGGAAUGGUACAGUAACCCCAAACAUGCUGGAUUCAAUUUCUACGGGUAAUGAUGGGCACCGUACCAAUGUUCAGGUUCAUAUUGCAAUUGAAUCAGGAGCAUAUUUAUUCCCAUUUCCACAAGCUAAAAAUAAACACAUGGAAAGAUAAGGUGAAUACAUGAAUGGCAGGUGCCCUUGUGAAUCUGUUGCUUUAUUGUAAAGUUUCCUCAAGGGGGCAGCAAACUACAACCAACGCUGCCAUUGCGGAAUAUAGCUGUCGAGUUCACUGCACUCACUCUGCCCGAAGGCCUCUCUCUCUCUCUCUGAUGUAAGAGGGUCUUGUGACUGCACCCACGUGACCAGAUGGCCUAGGACACCACCAGCAGAGCAACAAUCCUCUUAAGAGUUGCACAAAUGUCUGCCAAGGCCAGUGACAGCAUGCAGACCACGACAGAGCUGCUCGACCAGACAGAGAACAGUCUGCUCGAAUGCAAAGUGUGCUUUGAAAAAUACAACGAGCAGAAAAAGCACCGGCCAAGGAACUUGCCAUGCGGACAUGUCAUGUGCCUGGAGUGUGUCACAUCACUGGCUCAUCCCCGGAGUUUUAAGCUGGAGUGCCCUUUCUGCCGCAGGGCUUGCAAAUCAUCCGAAACCAGCGAUUGCUUGCCGUUGUUGCACCUGAUGGAGAUCUUGAGCUCUUCAUCCAACAGUGUUCUGGUUUCAGGAAGGACUGUUGGAACAGCUGAGGAUGUGGCGAUGCCAGCAUCUCAGGUCUUAACAUUUCACCUGUCUUUCGGAGGAUGGGGAACCCUGGUCAAUCCAACAGGGAUUGCUGUGUGUCAGAGGUCUGCCUGCCUAGCGGUGGCUCACGACGGCAAGAAGAGGAUUAAACUCUUCAGUUUCAACGGGCGCAUCAUACAACAGUUUGGAGAAAGAGGGCAGGCAGGAAAUGACAUCAGGUACCCAACCGAUGUCACCAUCACACUGGACGGCCAUAUCGCAGUCACGGACAGCGGGGAUCGUUCUGUCAAAGUGUUCGAUUUCAACGGAAGGGGAAAGCUGGUUAUCUCCGAGUCCUUCGGUUUACCGUGGGGCCUGGAUACCACGCCUCAGAACGAUGUGAUCAUGACCGAUUCGGUGGCAGGUGCUCUGUAUCGCUUGGCAGCAGACUUUAAGCGGGGGGAAUUAAAGGGGGUGGAAAAGCUUUGUUCUAAUUUGUGUGACCCGAGGAAAGUGGCCGUUUCUCAGGCCUCUGGGGCCAUUGCUGUCAUAGAGCAUUUGAUGGCGAAAGGACCAAGUUGCGGUUGCACCGUGCUGAAAGUAUUCACUGCAGACAUGCAGCUCAUAAGCCAGGUGGACACAUUUGGCCUGAAUCUAGUAUUUCCUUCCAAAAUAUAUGCCAAUGCUGUGACCUUCAGCAGGGAAGGUCAAGUAAUAGUAACCGAUGGCUAUAACCAAGCAGUCUUCUGCCUUGGAAAACCUGAAGAGUUCCCUAUGUGUAAACCUAUCAUUACCCAGGGUCUUUCUUACCCUUUGGCAUUAACUUUCACACCAGACAGUUCUCUGAUUGUCUUGGAUGGUGGAGAUCAUUCUUUAAAAGUAUUCACGGCUAGCUGAAAUAUGGGGGGGGGUGUUUCUUUCACAUUGCCUGAUCCAGUUCACAGCUUAACAGAGAGUAUGUGGAAGCUCUUCGUGCCUAACACCCGAACUUCUUUGAGGAUAGCUGAUCAAGUUGAUUGAUUACGCCAAAAUGGCUAAAAUGACCGGAAGAAUUAGAAAUCAGGAAGAUCAAAAUUUUAAUAAGGAAUGGGGGAAAUUUACAAUUUAUCUUGAAAGCCAUUGUAAACAGUUAAAAUCGUUAGUAGGAUUGGAAUAACGUUUGUAGUUUAAUGGUGAAUUCUGAACACAAUGGAGAGGUAAAAGAUUUGGAUUCAUUAUAAAAGAUGCAGGAGGAAAUGAUUAACAAUAGGGCCCACAAAGGGGAGGAGGGAAGUCCAGGAGAUUCUUUGGAAUCUUGUUUCUAUGUUCUAUGUUGGAUAUGUGACGGUAAAAUUUGAAAAACCAAAUAAAUAAAUUGAGAGAGAGAGAGAGAGAAACUGAUAUGAGUCUUAUCCAUGUUGUGUAUUGUGGAAUCAGUCCAGCAGAUGUGAACUAGACUUAAGGCUGUAAUAUGUACUGUAACCACAGACUAGUGAGGAAAUCCCUUUGAACUAAGGUGCUGGACGUUUAUGUUGGAGUUACUACAGUUGGGUAUUAUAGAAGCUGUAUGUGAACAAUGCUGGUAACUUUCUAUGUUGGGCUGUAGACAGGGUUGUGUUUCCCUUGGAUUUUGAUGGCACAUGUGAAAGCCCACUGUCAGCCAGAAUGUAUGACCCACCCACCCCUUUCAUAAGCAAAUAAGUGUUUAAUAGAAUGGGUGGCAUCUGUUAGUGCAGUCUUCCCCCAGCCUGGUGCCCUCUGGUUCUUUUGGACCACAGGUUCCUUUCACUCCAGCUGCAUCACCUUCCCAGCUAGCACUGAUGACAGUUGCAGUCCAAAACAUCUUGAGGAUACCAGAUUUAGGAUGUCAUGUUUUAUGAUAUUGCACUGGCCAUUGUAAGCUGACCCAAAAAAUUCAACACUGUGGCAGCAUUAGUCAGGGCUGCUACACUGGGGAUAGAUGCCUUCACCAGAUGUGUUGCUGGGUCAUAAGCGGAACAAAGCGGGGCAGAGAAGGGGCAUGUUCAGGAUGGUGGAGGCAUGGGAAUGACUCAUGGCCAUGCCAUUAAACCAGCUUUUUCCACACACCUUGAAGCCAGUUAAACUAGUGCAAACCUGCCUUUUCAAGGGUGUUCCACUGAGUGUAUAUUUUAUAGAACAGAUCAUCUCCAUCUGCUUUAUACUGGAAACCUCUGAAUACCUCUGAAUCUGUCAGUGACCAUUGUAACUACACAUAUUUAUAGAAGGAGUGCCUGUUUGGCUGGUUAUAUUAUAUAUAUAUUUUCCAUUGCAGAUUUAAAAGAAACUGAUUUAAUUGUACUUUUCGGAUUGUUUAAAUUUAAAAAAUGUAAAAACUCUUUAUUUUGAUGAUUGUAAAGUGCUGAACUGAACCUUACACACAGCUGUGCUUCUUUUUUUAUGAGUUUCAGUGAAAAAACAAUGGGGGAAGGGCUGCUUAACCAUUUCCCUUCUGGCUGUUUUUCUGCUCCCACCCCACCCCGGUUCCAUAGAAGAAAAAAUACAGGUACCAAUACAAUAUUUCCUGUACAGAGAAACACACCUGGGGUUAAUUUUGAGUUGGGGGGGGGAAAACAGCUGGCAGAAAAGUUACAUAUGGUAACCCCUCCUUCCUGCCAUUUUUGGACUGAAAUUUGUGGCCUCAAAGGCUGUUUUUAGUUUUCAAAAAUCAUACACAUCGGAAAGAAAGAUCCCUUUGGUUGCAUCUAGCCCCCCCCCCCCACAAUACAUAAUCUUUGUUGCUGUUAGAAACAGAAGGCCCAGUGUAUUUCUAGUAACACCAGAAACAAUUUAUUUCUGUUUUCUUAAAUAUAACAUAGAAGUGUUCUUAGAAUGUUAUUGAGAUGAGCUUAAGGAAGCUCUGGUCAUGGGAUAAUCAGGUGUUAUAACUCUUAGGACUGGGGGGGGAAUGUAGUGCCUUUUCCCCACUGGUUAUUCUGGUAGAACUGUUCCCUUACUCUUUGAUAAGUUAAGGAAGAAAUAAAUUAAAAACUCAGAAAUAUUACAAAAAGUUUUAAUAUUACAAGUUGACCUGGGGGGGGGAGGUUUACUGCAUCAAGAUAUGAUCUAUAGGACCUUGUGUGGGUUUUUUUUUUUUAAAUCUCAUUGUGUUUAAUAAUGAAAUAAAGGUAUGCACUUUCUCUUUUCCUUUGGUUGUGGGGAAAAUGUUGGAAGUCCAGUACCUACUUGUGGCAAAAAAUUGUGGUAUUACAUUAGCAUGGAAAGGACCCAAUGAACUCUGAGGUGUAUCUUCCUUUUUAUCUGCAAAUGUGAUCUUUUUAAUGAUGAAAUGUCACCGUAUAUCAUGCCAUGCUGUUGUUGAUUAGGAAUCACUUUUCUCUGGCUGACUCGGCGGUUCAACUUCUACACACUGAGAGAGCCAAAACAGACACCAUUGAGAUGGUGGUAGGAAGGGCAGAGAUUCGGCUAUACUGAAGAUUAAACUGUGGUUUAUUUUUAUUUUUUUAAGUUGGAGCCUGUUAGUUGUACUUAAUAGCUACUGAAAAAAAUGGGAUCAACAGAGGCAUGACUUAUGUUGCAUGGGGUGGAGCACCAAAUUUUGGCCUUGCAUGGGGCUCCACUAAAAUUUGAAAGACCAAAGUCCUCCCUCGAUUUGUUACAGUUGUUUUAAAAUAUCCCAUAAGAUAAACUAUGGCAACAUUAUUACGGUAAUACAACUUGUCCAAUAGCUCAGGGCCAAACUAGACUUGAUGUGGGGGAAUGUAUAACUGGAUUGCAGGACUUUUUGUUUUAUUUGGAAUAACCCCACAAGAGUUGAAUCUUGCAGCAUCCUACUAAAAACUGCCCCCACCGUGAAAUCUGUAAUGCCUUCACAUCUACAUUAUGAAUUUUAUUUAUGAAUGUGCAGUUCUCUUUUCUUAUAGUAGUCUUCCAUGUUUUAUGUCUCCCAGUGCAUUUGGGAGUAUUGUGGAUGUUCCAUGGAAAUGAAUGGAUGCUGCCGCCUCGAUCCUUGAGUUGUCAGAUGCUCCAUCUUUGGCCAGCUUUCUCUUUACUGUACAUUGAAAAACACCAUUACCAUGCCUUUCUAUUGGUCUAUCUAAGUUUGUUGGAACUCCAGAUAAAUGUGAGCACUGUAUGUUGCAAGACAACAUGUACAGCAGUGAUUCCCCACCC